AUGUCUUCGCCCCUGCCCCCACCUGUUGUGGCCUCGACCUUUAGCUCAUCUUCGAUACCAACUCCGCCCCAGGCACACUAUCCCAGCAGUAUGACUGGCCUCGGUCGGCCACGCCUCGUCUCGCAGCUCACGCGCUCGACUCUACCCACGGCCAGUCUGGCAUACGCUCCGGACGGGACAAGAUUGGUCUCCACUACGGAACCGCCCAAGCGGGGCGAGAGCUCUACCCAUCGUCGCUCUCCCUCAGCCCUGAUAGACGACCCCUAUCCCGACCUGGACCCAAGUACUGGCCUGCCUCUAGGCUCGGAAACACUAGAAGCGGAUCCCAGGCUCCAUCUUCAACGCACCAUCACCGGUAUCCUCGACGAGCCCGUCGCACCCGCCGGUAUCACCGGCUACCUCCCCUCCAUGCCGAGUCUCGCCAUGCCAAAUCUAUCCUCCCUAUCAAUGAGCCUGCCACGGGUCUCUAUUCCCUCCCUCCCCGGCCGCUCCUCCCUCGACAUGUCGCGCUCCAGCUCGGCUCGGAGCCUCAGUACCUCUGCCCCACAGGCGGAUUGGGGGACCUGGGCGUCUGGAUUAUGGGGCGGGAACAAGGGCAAGAUGGACAACUUGAUGAGCGAGGAUGAUCAAGCGGAUACAGUGGAGGAGGAGCAGGAGAAGCUUCGGCGAAAGUACCGGACGCCAAAGUACCCGCUCGUCUUUUGCCACGGCCUGCUGGGAUUCGACUUUAUAGGUCCAACGUCUCUGCCGCCUCUUCAAAUAUCGCACUGGAGGGGAAUACGCGAAGUACUGGAAAGUAACGGAGUCGAGGUGCUCAUCACGCGCGUCCCAGCCACUGCGUCUAUAGCGGACCGGGCUGCCAUCCUCAACGACGCCAUAUCGGAAAAGUACAACGGGCGAAAGAUCAACCUCAUCGGUCACAGCAUGGGCGGUCUGGACUGUAGAUAUCUCGUCUCCGAGAUCAAGGACAGAAAGUUCACCCCCGUCAGCGUCACCACCGUCAGCACACCCCACCGCGGUAGUCCCUUUGCCGACUAUCUCAUCGACAAUGUCGUUGGCCGUGAACGCCUACCAUCACUCCUUUCCCUCCUCGAAACUCUGCGACUUCCCCAGUCAGGCGACGGAUCGGCAUUCGCCAGCCUGGGCACCAAAGCAAUGAAAGAGUUCAACGCCCAAGUCGUCGACAAUCCAGACGUACAGUACUACUCGUGGGGCGCGUCAGACGAUCCGGGGUUGCUCGACACUUUCAAGUGGCCUCAUGGCGUGAUUCUUAGCAAGGAGGGGCCGAAUGACGGGCUUGUCUCGGUGCAGAGCGCAAAGUGGGGAGAGUACAGGGGGACCCUGCUCGGCGUCAACCAUUUGGAUUUGGUGGGAUGGGUGAAUCAUGUUCGGUAUGCUAUUGCAGGAUGGACGGGGAAGCCAAUUACCUUCAAGCCAGCCACCUUCUACCUCGAGAUUUCCGACUACCUGGCAGAGCAGGGGUUCUAG